UUCACGUGCACAAUAUAGAAAACCUUAAUUGAAAAAGUAGCCAAUUAUGUGUGGCCUAAAAAAAAUUUUGUUCGUUUUUAUUUUUACGAUAUUUUGGAAUAAUUAUUGCUUUGGAUGUGAAAUGCCUCAUUCUGAAAAACCUAAUUUGAAACGGAACGCACGUAUGAGUGGUUUGAAUCGUUUUACUAAAAGAUCUGAAAGAGAUUCUUCCGAUUCUGGAGAAGUAAAGAGUUCACAAAAUCAUAACAAAAUAACCUCAUCAACCCCAGAAGCAGAGCAAAAAUUUAAAAUCGUUUAUCCUGGUAAAAUUGAUGUCGAGGAACAAGAUGCUCGGAAGGCCAAUGGAAAGAAAACAGUGUCAUUUCUCAUACCAGACGGACCUGAAAAAGAGUCUACACCAUUGCAUUCCAGCUCAAAAGGUGCAAAAACAACAAUACCUUAA